GCAUCUUUUGGGAGUAGGGGGGAUGGAUUUACACAUACACGGACUCACAACGGAUCCUUUUUUUGCGGUUGUUUCUAAUUACACACUGCAUUCACCCUUUCUUUAUCUUAUAGUUCAAAUUUCCUGCCACAAGAAAAUGAAGAACUAUAAACAGCUAAUUUCACAAGCAGCAAAGGAAUGCAUGCACUUUUAAAGUUCCCCCAAAAAAGAGAGCAACAUCUUUUUAAGCGACCAGUGUCAAGGCCACCACACAACACCCCAUAGAUGUUGAAAAAUAGCUUCUGUGUGCAUUUACCUCUUAUGAUGAAGCCCUUUCCCUUGUUCAUCUUAAAAACUUCUGUAACAGACGGACUAAUGCUUGCAAGAUCUUUGUUGAAAGUCUUAACAACAUUUUCAACAAUCUUGUGAGACGUCCGUCUGUUAUUACCCAUAAAUACAGUCCAAGAUCUGGCCCACAGGCUUGAGACCCGUCGACUUAAGCACUUCGUCACUGUGGAGUUAGAACAAUGACACAUGCGUAUUUUCCCAUUAUUUAUUGCUGGCUGUUUAAUUGUUGCUGACAGACCCGUAAUAAAGUGUACACUGCAAUGGGCCUUAAUAAAAGAAUUAUUAUUAUUUUCUUGUCUGUUCAGGAAGAAAACGGCCCGGGCACUAAACUUGGAAAUUAAGAGGAUAUUUAAUAUAAGUGGUUCUGUACUCCGGGACAGCCUGUGUGAAUACUCAAGGGCGUCAUUCAAACACAGUUUUGCUGUUGCGUUUUUUUAGCUGAUAUCCAAGAAGCAUGAGUGGCUCAACAGUAUGUCUACUCUUCUUAGUAGCCACUCUGUACACCAUAGCAUCUUCGCAAGUUCUCCUAAAGCGGCCAGCGGCGUGCUCUCGGAUCCUGAAAAACCCUUGCGUGAUAGACGAGGAAUGUUGCUGCUCAGGAGAAAACAACAGAAUGCCCAUAAUCUGCAAUACUGAAAAGCAGUGCGACCAUAUGACUUUUGCUGACUAUCUUAUGAGAAAACAAGCGUGUCCGGAUGUGUUCAAGCGCCGCUGUAGCUCCAACUCAGAAUGCGUUUGCACACAAGCCAAAUAUAUAUGCGAAAACGGAGAGUGUGUUCGUGCGAAGAAAACAUUCCAAUUCCCAUUCAGCAAGAGCAGCGACUAUUUCCUAUCUUCUCUUCUAGUGAUGACAAGUCUAGGAGUCGUGUGUCUUUUUUCAUUUGUAUGGCUCAAAGCCUGUGAGUGCGCUAUUCUAACGCGCGCAUACAUACCUGAGUGCUCAGAAAUCCAUCGGUCUCCCUGUGGAUCUCAUCGCGACUGCAAGUGUACCUCAGGGGGGUACCCUGGGCUUUACAUCUGCUCCCCACGGGGGAGGUGCAGCAAGAUGACGAUUUCGUUUCUUACGAGUCUACUUCCGUGUCCAGGCGUCCACAAAAAAAGGUGUCAAACAGACGACGACUGUCCAUGCGAGUCAGCGGCCUUGAAAUGCGAAGAAAAUGAAUGCGUGCGCAAGUACAGAUCCCGCCUGCCGUUGCGUCGUUCGCUCCAAAUUCAAGGUGUGAAAUACCACACGAGUCGCAAUCGUCGUCAUCACCAUCAUCGUAGUCGCCAACACCCUACAAGGCACGCUUGAGACUGUGUUACUGGUCGGUUGCUACACUCAUCGGCGUCAACGACGACGAUUUCAACAAGCCCGAAAUAGUCUUUGAGACUUUAUCCGUUUUCAAUCACACAACGGCAUCGUAAGAACAAAACCAGGUUUAACGGUCUUUCGAUGACGCGGAAGUCUGGUUUGUGAACCCAAUAUACUGUGAACUUAGCAGGAAAUUAUACUAGACAAAAACCAGCUAGCUAAUUCGGUAGCAAGAUUAUGCUAGACACUGAUGAGAGCUACUGUUUUACAAGUUUUGCCGCCAUUUGUAUAAAAUAAUGCAGCGUACACAUUCACAUUUCUUACCGCAAAACAAAAAUGAAAUACAGUCGUACUCUAUUCGCUACUCUCUCCGCUCUGGCCACCCCUGGGAACCGAGCAAGUGUUUUAACACUUAAAAGCUUAAAAGUUUUAACACUUUUAAAGCUUAAAAGGUUUGAAGCGUGUUUUGCAUCAAAA